UUUUAUAUAUUCAGACAGUCAAACGCGCUCCACUAUGCCUUUUAUAUAUUCAAACACUCAAACGCCCUCCACUAUGCCUUUUAAAUAUUCAGACACUCAAACGCGCUCCACAAUGCCUUUUAUAUAUUCAGACAGUGAAACGCGCUCCACUAUGCCUUUUAUAUAUUCAGACCCUCAAACGCGCUCCACUAUGCCUUUUAUAUAUUCCGACUCUCAAACGCGUUCCACUAUGCCUUUUAUAUAUUCAGACACUCGAACGAGCUCCACUAUGCUUUUUGUAUAUUCAAACACUCUACCGCGGUCCACAAUCCCUUUUAUAUAUUCAGACACUCAAACGCGUUCCACGGUGCCCUUCACAUCUCCAGAUAAGACUAUUACAAAAUCCAACGUUAAUAAGAAAACAUACUCUGUAACAGAAAGAAACAUAAUACGAAAUAUGCCAAUCCAAAAAGGAAAUGACCCUUUCAUAAAUGUAUAUAAUUACAUGCAAAACCAUCACGUUACAUCCCCUGACGGUAAAGAUGCCAAAAGGCUGAAAAGACCGCUGAAAUAUAAUUUAAAACCCAGACCAUUAGAUGGCACACACCACUCUAUAAUAAAUAAAGAUCUCAAAUACUUUGAUUACGGAACAUCAGAGACACCAGUCAAACGAAUCCAUGCCACUCAGAAAAGUAAAUCAGGGUUUAUGAAAGAUGAAAUUGAGAGAUUCUCUAGAUCAACAAAUAGACCAGGUUUGGAUUCACACUUUGAUGUUACGAAAUCAUUAAAAUCACGCAUUGAAAGAUUCAAGAUACCUUUACAAAAAUUAGCUUCUAUAAAAGCCAACUUUUAUAAUGGUGAAGAUAAUCCUUUCAAGAAAGAAAUAGAAUUAGUAAACAAUGAAGGAAAUAUAUUUAAUGAACCAUAUACAACAUCGUCAGAUAAAUUAAAUGAAAAUGAACGUUUCAAAAAUGCGGUUUUGUUUAGAUCUAACGUAGGUCACGAUUCCUCAAAAAUUGAAAGAUUGGAAAAUACCGAUGUUACUCAAACAGAAUGGUAUCCAUGGAUUAAAACAGGAGCUGCUAUACAUAACCGAGCAUCAUAUAUGGCACAUUUGCCUGAAAUACAAACUACUGCUAGUCCAAUAUAUCCAUGGAUACUAACAAAGAUGUUUACAGUAUCAACCACAGAAAGAUAUCAAAAGCUUACUUCUAAGCCUACAUUUAUGUACGAAUAUAAAGAGUUAAACCCAGAAAAGGCUUUGAGAAUGCGUCCAGAAACCGAGGAAAGGCUAAAUAGCGACAGACAAGAAACAACUCAAAAGAUUCAGAUUACUCCUAGAGUUGAACCAGAUCUUGAAUAUUCUCAAACUACGGGUCUGCAGGAAGUGGAAAGUGAACCAUUUUCAAUGUUUUUGGCCAAAUUAAUGAAGAUUUUGGCUUCUAAAACCUUAAAAGAUCUGAAGGGGCUCAUAAGCCCAUUCGAACGCGCCAUCACAACAUUGUUGGACAGCGGGAAGUUGAUUAAGUUGGGAAUGACGACCGGCUCAUUCAUUGCUCAGAUGACAACAUCGCUCAUCGCUCCAAUGAAGGAGAUUCAAAGACAUAUCUUCAUAAUGCAGAUCUCGCUGGAGAACCGACAGCGCAUGCUGGACGAUACUUUCAACGCCAUGUUGGAUGAGUUGGAUAACGUGUAUGAUGUGAGUGAGGAAGAGGCCAUGCAGAGGAUUCUACAUGAGGCGAUGGUGUACCCUAACACUAGCAAGACAGGGGAGCAAAUCGUACAAGGUUUUUUAGAAGAUGUUUUCUUGCAUCCUAUGAACAGAAUCGCUGGAACGGCGCAUGGAAACGUAGUUUUUGAAAAUAUUGCUAAAGUUGCUAAUAAAUAUAACACACCAAUAGAACCUAUAGCUAGGCGAUACGAAAAUCAAUACCAAAUUACUAAAUAUAAUAAAUUUCGGAAUGCAAAUACUCAAAUAAUAAACCAAGGCCUAACCAAUGGAGAUUUGAGGAAAUACGCCAAACACCGAACCAAGGAACAUCUUUCUGGUAGGAAAUCAAAUUCGGGAGAAAUGGGAAAACCUAAAACAAAAGACGAAGAUAGACAAACUGUUAAAAGUAAUGUCGAUAGUAAAGGAACUAACGAAAGUAAAACUAUAGUUAGUCUGAAAUGUAAAUAUUUGGAAAAUUCCUGCAAAAUUGUAAUCGCGCCCGAUCUUGUUUACAACCGCGUAUAUAAAGCCCAGAGCCAGUCGAGUCUUCACACAACUGAUCUAAACUUCACGUUGAACCUUCUAUCCAAGAUGGCUGCCCUCAAGACUCUGCUUAUCCUCGUCGUGUUGGCGAUUGUCAUGGCAGCCGCCGUGGCAGACCAUGUCCAACCUUGUGAUCUAGUCUGCGACCGUCCAUCAGAUCAACAGAAUGAAUGCUGCCGUGCCCAUGGCUAUAGCGGUGGCAGCUGUAAUGGAGGAAACACUAUCGACUGCUACUAG